AUGUCUUACGAUAGCGAUGAUAAUUGCUUAGUUAUUGAUGAGGAUCGUUCAGACACUGAAACAGAUAAUCUAAGUUAUCCAAAUAGAGAAAAUAUUUGUGUUACAAAAACUGAACAGAAUGAAAUUAUUGAUGAAGUAAAAAGCAAUAAUGAUGGUAUAUCUAUAAAUAACAUUACUAACCCUGAUAACAAAAUACUAGAAGAUGAAUUAGAAAAAACUGAAAAAACUAUGGAAUAUGAAGAUAAUAAUUUGGUAAUAGAAAACAAUGAUGCUUUAGAAACUAAAAAUAUUGAAAAUGAGUCAUUGGAUAUUGUUAAUCAUACUAUGGAAAUGUUAAAUAAGGAUGAUCUUCAUAAAGAUAUUAUAUUUAAAGAAUCACAAACAUCCAUUGAUGAAGAAAUGAAAAAUAAAGAAAUUGAUGUGGAAACAGAUAAUAUAGGAAAUUAUGUUAAUGCUAAUGUUAUAGACGAUGACAAUUAUAAUAGUGGAGAAGAUGAAAAUAAGGACUGUCGUAUUGAAUCAACUACUAAUGCAAAAAAUAUACAGAUAGAAAAAGAAUGUGAGGAUGAAGAUGAGGAUAUGGAAGAGGGUGAAAUUGUUGAUGAUGAAGUUACACCAGAAGAGGCAAAAAUUCUUCAAUUACGUGAAAUAAAGAAAAAAGAUUUUUCAAUAUGGAAUGAUAUUGCUCGACAAGGAAAUCAAAAUUACAAUGGUUACAUGAAUAGUUAUGAUAUGUUUGAAGAGUAUGCUGAUCCUUAUGAUCCAGAAGGAUUGGAAGAUUCUUUUAAAUAUGGAGCUAUGUAUGAUGAGGCAAUGGAAGAUAUACCAUUGGGUGAUCGUUCAAGACAAGGAAGAACAGCAGUACAACGUAAUCGUGAAAAAGGACGUCUUAUUUGCAAAUUCUUUAGAGAAGGUUAUUGUAGAGAUUCAAAAAAUUGUAUGUAUUCACAUAAUGCAAAAGAUUCUGGAAGAACAGAUAAAUUAUGUCGCUUUUAUCAAAGAGGUAAUUGUCAAAAUGGUUUAAGUUGUAAAAAUCUUCAUGGAGAGUAUCCAUGUUAUCGUUUUCAUAUUCAAAAUUCUUGUUCCCAUGGAGAUCGUUGCAAAUAUUCACAUGAGCCAUUAAAUGAGUAUACUGAACGCCUUUUAGGAACACAUAAUAUUGUUGAUGAUUCAAAUAGUGCUGGUGCUAAGAAGAAAAAAACAUUACUUGCAAAAGAUGGAACACCGCUAGUUAACUUACCAAGCUUUAGUGAUGUUAUGGAACAAUUAAAUAAAGAUGAAGACAGAACAGAAGAUGUAGAUAUGAGACCAUUUUUAUCAGAAGAUUUUCAUAAAGGUAUUUAUGAUGUACCUAUGGAAUUGAAAUCAUUUUUCAAUCAAGGUACUGGAGCUUUAUCAGCACAAGAUCUUGAAGCAUAUGGUAUUGCUACAACAACAUCAAAAAAAAUUGAGUCACCAAAAAGAAAGCCUGAAAUUAAUGAUUACAUGUUAGAUUUAUCUUCAGUCGAUGAUGGUUUGACAGCCUCUGAUAGAAUUCUUAAAGCAUUUCAAGCUACAGACAGUGAAGAAGAAAGAGAACGUGCUGAAAAUGAAAGAAAGGAGAGAGAAGAGCGUGAAUCUAGAAGAAAAAGAAAACGUGAUGAUUAUUACAACAAUCGUGGGCACUCAAAUGAAGGAGGAAAAAAUUUUUCAAGGCGUGAUGAUAGAUAUACCAAUCGUGGAAGAAGUUAUCAUUCAAGAAGCCCUAGAAAAGAUGAUUAUCAAGGAAGAGGUAGAAAUUAUGAUAGAAAUUACUUUUCACCAAGAAGAGGACAAUCACCAAGAGAAUAUUUAUCACCAAGAAGACAUGGUUCUCCUUCUCGUUAUAAUAUUCCCAGAACUUAUGAUUCCUCAAGAGAUUAUGCAUCACCUAGAAGAAGGACACCAUCAAGACAACCAUCUCCAAGACGAUAUGAAUCUCAAAAUAGACAAGUUUCUCCAAAUCGUUAUCAUUCACCAGAAAGAAGAUACCAAUCAUCAGGUUAUGUUUCUCCAAAAUCUUAUGGUGAACAAAAAGAAUAUGAUACAAUGAGAGAUUAUCCUAUGAACAGAAAUCAUGGAAUGUCAAGAGAUUCUGGAUACAGGGAAUCAUUUGGUUCACCUUCAAGAUACAAUCAAGAAUCUGGAUUUAAAGAUGAUAGAUAUCAACGCGAUUCACGUGAUAUUCGAGGAUCAAGAGAUCCACGAAGAGAAUAUAGAGAUAUUCGUGAUUCCAGAGAAGGAAGAGAUAUAAAAGAUCCAAGAGAUAUUCGAGAUUCUAGAGAUGUAAGAGAUCUUAGAGGUCCAAGAGAUCCACUUACUAGACAAUCUAAUAGUAAUAUGUAUGGGGAUUUUGAAAAUAGAUACGAUGAUCCAAGAUAUGAUAAUUCACCAAGAGAAAGACAUUAUGAUAAUAGGUCAUCACCAAGAAGAGAUUUUGAUCAAUUACCACCAUCUACUGAAAACACAAUGAUUAGAACAGCUACUUCAUUCUAUGAUCCAACUAGAGAUCCUCGAAGGCGUAAACUUAUUGAAGAAUCAACAAAUCCACUAAAACUUCAAUCAGAGGAUAGUAAAAAUGAUAAUAAUUUUGAUCAACAUGAAUCAAAUGUUGUUAUUCGUGAUGGACCAUAUGUCAAUCCAGCAUUAGAUCCUCGUAGAAACAAAAAAACGUUAAAUGUUGAAGAAAAGGAUAUGGUAGACAAGGUAACAUGGGGUAGCUAUAAUUCACAACCACCACGUAAUCCAUAUGAUGAUCCUCCAAUGUAUGUUCCUGGUCCACCACAAUCUGGUUAUCCAUUAUAA